GUGUUCGUAGAUACACAGAUGUUGAAGCCACCGUGUAAUGUGCAGCAGCGGGUGUCUCGGUGUAAGCGCAGGUUUCCUCUCUCUUAUCACCCUUAUCUCAGCCGUUAUCAGCGGUUCCUGGUUAUACACCCGUGAGUCUGUCAGGCUGCCGGGCAGUCAAUCAGUCACUGCAGUAACAUUCCGCAUCGGCCUGUGGCGUGUCUGUCCGGCACUCAAGAGGAUCGUCACGUCUCCUGGCACUCUCCUGCCGGCACCGGGAUGUCAGCUGAUUCAAUAUUCGAGCUGGCCGGAAGUAAAAGAAACCGACCUCGGAAUAUCCUGGUCCUCACUCGAGUUCACUCCAUCUUUUGUCACUAAAAUGAGGUAUGCUAUGCCGUUGGUAGCUCUCGCACUAGCUUUGUUGAUGUUGGCAACACUGUUCGCUCUACUAGGCCAUUGCCACGCCGAUCUCAAGACACUGGUAGCUUGCGGCCUCUAUACAAUUGGAGGACUGAUGCUUGCCAGCGGCCUGAUCGUCUUCGUCUCAGUAUUGAGUGACGUGACUACGGGUCCGAAGAAACUGGAGUACCGCUACGGUUGGUCCUUCCAUGCGGCGGGAACAGCGUUCAUCCUGUCUGAGAUCGCUGCUCUGGUGUCUAUCUCAGCAUACCUGGGGCGGUUCUCCAGUGUGGAGGACAUGGUGAGGGCGAUGGUGCCUGGGGCUGACAGGAAGUUGAGGCAUCGGCAGCUCUGCGACGAUUACCUUGGCAGGACGGAACAGGGGGUUGAAAAUUCACUCCCGACACCCCCAGAUGUCUGUACUGCCAAACCUCAACUGGGACCCAUUAGUGGAAGGAAAUCUCUAAAAGGAGUUCCUAUCACUAACAUGUACGACGGGAUAGCAAAACCACCUCUUCACAAGAGACCUCAAGAUCCCCUGAUGCCACAGAGUCAUCCAGCAACACUUGUACUGCCAGAGCAUGAACGCUACCGCUACACCACUAUAAUCCACCAGGGUCUUCUAGGUGUAGCUGAAGGUUCGUCUUCUUCAGGUUCUUCUGCGACAUCUGGUGGUUCCUGCAGCCAUUCCCCGCCUCGCAGCCGACUGCCCGCGCUGUCACCGUCCCGCGGGCGACUCCCAGUCCACUCUCCGCACUGCCCCAGGAGUAGCUCGCCCUCUAGCGUUAGCCUUGGUUACUGUUCCGCUGUCACGUGACAUCCGCCAACCAGCCAUCCACUGGAAAAUAUCACGUAGGAGAUACACUUUGGUUUGCAGGACUAGGAAUAUGACGGGUUUUACCGUUAUUCUCAUAUCUUAAAACAAUAAUUUGGUUAUUUGUAUUGAGUAGUAUAUCAACUACCA